CCUAUUUUUGUUUUUCAAUUCAAAUAAAAACCAAUAAUCAAAUCAAAUAUUUUAAUAAUUUUUUUAUAGUAAAUUUGAUUUCAAAAUUUAAUUAAACUUAUUGUUUUGAUAAAUAGUGCCUUGGAAUAAAAAAAAGUGGCACAUAAAUGGCUAAAAAUGAUACUGCACCAGAGGUGGUGACUGCCUUAUUAAUGGCUAAAAUAUCAGCUGGUAUAGAAAAAGUUAAAAAUGAAGCUGCUGAAUUACAAGCAGGUGUAGAUAAAAUGAAGAAAUUUAAAUGUAACCAUUGCGAUAGUUUUGAAACCGACUCAAAUACCAUUUUUUUGGAACAUGUUCUUCAAUGUUCUUCAACAGCUGCAGCUAAAAAGGAAGCCGAAGAUGGGGAUUCUAAAGGAAUGGCACAAUUACCUGAAAGAGAAGAACGUUCGUCUUCUCAAUCUUCAAGAAAACUGUUUGAGUGUGAUGUGUGUUUAAUGAAAUUUUCGAAUGGAGCCAAUAUGAGACGACAUAAAAUGAGGCAUACUGGAGUUAAACCUUAUGAAUGUCGUGUGUGUCAAAAAAGAUUUUUCCGUAAAGAUCAUUUAGCUGAGCAUUUUACCACUCAUACUAAAACUUUACCUUACCACUGCCCAAUUUGUAAUCGUGGAUUUCAGAGGCAAAUAGCAAUGAGAGCUCAUUUUCAAAAUGAACACGUCGGGCAACAUGAUCUUGUUAAAACUUGUCCUCUAUGCAGUUUCCGAGCUGGUACAAUGAAAUCACUCAGAGUGCAUUUUUUCAAUAGACAUGGCAUCGAUUUAGAUAAUCCAGGUUCUUCUGCAUCAUCUUCACUUCUUCUAGCUUUAAAUCCAUCGCAAUCAAAUCUGUAUUGUUUGCCUUCAACAUCACUACGAACAACCCCAACUACAGUUGUAACACCAAGCUAUAGCGAUAGUGGUGAAUCUUUACGAUCUACAGAUAAUGCGACGCCUCCAUUACAUUUUCUAACACCCCACGUGGAAAUUUCUAUGACAGAAAAUGUUGACACAUCAAAGCAACCGGCAGAUAAUUAUAAAAUAGCGUCUAAACAGGAAACAACAAACGACUCACCAGCAUUGCCUCCUUUUGUAGAUUCAAACAGCAACAUAUCUACAAGCUCACCAAAGUCAAUUAAUCUUGAGAAACAAUUGAGGAAAAACUUUCAAAUUGAAGACACCAUUACACCGUCAAUUAGCUUAAUACCUAUUAAACAGGAGCACGAAAAUGAUGAAUAUAACAAUAAUAACAGUAAUAAUAAUCAGAACAUUAUUAACAAUAAUAAUCACAAUAAAAAUGAUGACCAAAAUGGGACCGAUUUGGGAAAAGAAUGUCCGGAGUCACUGAAUAAUAGAAAUAUAGCGUCAACGAUAAAAGUGUCACCUUUGAAAUCCCUAUUAAGAGAAGAUUUAAAAAGAAGAUUAAAUGCUAAAGCGAACAAUAUUGCAGUUCGCAAUUUUAGUGCUGCUGCAGCAGCUGUGGCAGCAAUAACUAACAAUAAUAACAACAAUUGUAUGAAUAAUAAUACUGAAAAACAUAGUUUACCAACAGAAAUAAUUUCGUGCAACAAUAUAGGAACAUCUAAUGGAAUGAUCACUUCAAGCGAACAAGAAAUGGAUAUGUCUUCUCUAAACAGAAAUUUGCAAUGUUUAUUUUGUAAAAUUGAAUUUCCUGAUCAAACCUUAUAUUUUCUUCAUAAAGGGUGUCAUAGUGAAAGUAAUCCCUGGAAAUGUAACAUAUGUGGUGAACAAUGUGGUGGUGUUUAUGAAUUCAAUUCACAUUUACUAAGUAAAAGUCACCAAUGAAUUUUUGAUAACAUGAUGAAUGCAUAUAUGUUACCUUAUUUAUGACAUAUGUAUAUGAUAAUACAUACUCAUAAGAAAUAAAUAGUACUAAAAAGUAAAGCUAACUCAAAAUAUUACAAAAACAAAAUGUAAUUAAAUUAAAUAUUUCUUGGAAAAGAUGUUUGAACAAUUUAUAUAAUAUAUGAAAAUACAUUUGUUACAAGAAAAGAUAAUAUACUGUAAAUA